CUAGGGUCUAAUCCCCCAAGUAAAGAAAUAGAAAAAAGUCAGUAAGUGAAACACACACUAUAAAAGUCUUAAAAAAAGACUCUUGGGUCUUCAACAGAGGAUUUGCCAAGAUACAUAUACAUUACUCUCUACAAAAAUAUAAUCAAGCAAUUCCUUAUAGAUAAUACCCCAUUCUCUCUGCAUCAACUCCUUUGUAUAACUACAAAAAUAGCCAUUUUCAGAAUCCAAUUCAACCAAAAAAAAAAAGAAAAACAAAAGAAGGCCAUCCUUAAACCCAUCUCCAAUUCCAUAAUUACAAAUCGUAACUAUGAACCAUCCUCCGCAAGCACCUAACACUAGGUCCGUGCACUUACAUCCCCAACAAAAUCCGACCAAUAUGAUGUAUCCGCCACAUAGUAGUCUACCACCGCCUCAACCUAAUCCAGCCAAUCAGUUUCAGGCUAUACCGCCGAACAAACCGCAACCAGUGUACCCACAGCAAGCGAUGCCGCUCCCGAAGCCUUCUCCGGCCAUAUUUCUUCCUCAAAACGUACCACAAAAGUACGAAAACGCUCCGCCACCGGUACAGGUGCCCACGCCAAUUUCCCAGGAAGCUCAGCAGCCAAGUGGUGUUGAACAGGGACACCCUGUCAAGGCUGUUCAGGAUCUUCGCACUCAUCAUGAGGGUUGGAAUUCUGGGUUAUUUGACUGCUGUCAAAACCCAUGCAAUGCUUUGAUAACGUUCUUGUUCCCAUGCGUAACUUUUGGCCAGAUUGCUGAGAUUUUAGGCAGCGGCUCCAACUCAUGCUUUUGCAGUGCAAUGGCCUACUUUUGUUGUUUGUUCUGGUUUGGGUGUCCAUUCAUAAUAUCAUGCAGUUAUCGAUCAUUGAUGAGAUCCAAGUUUGUGCUGCCGGAUACCCCAUGUCCAGACUUCAUCGUUCACUGUCUAUGCGAGCCGUGUGCCCUAUGCCAAGAAUAUAGGGAGCUUCAACAUAGAGGCCUUGACCCUUCCUUAGGAUGGAGUGGAAAUUUGGCAAGAGCUAAGGCUUUGGCUCAACGUGAACAAGCUAAUUCUAUGGUGCCCCCAACCAACCAAAGGAUGAGUAUGGGUUAACCAUGAUUAUCACAAUCCAAAGCUUAUUGGAAUUAGUAAUGUUCUUAUUAUAUAUGGUAAUUUUCAGGAUAUUGAUUAUUUAAAAAUCUAGACUUUUAUCUACUUACGGUAAUUGCCAUGGAUGAUUAAUUAAUUAAACAGGGCUUUGUUGAAAUAAAUAAUGUUUGCAAUAGCUAUAAUGUUGGAUUAGUGUUUUGCCUCCCUUUGUAAUUUGGUCUUUUAGUUUUAGUUUAUUCAUCCCUUGGUGGUCACACAUGGUGUACAUCGUUUGCUGUUGUCUGUUUGAGUAAAUUAACGUUGAAUUUUCAUGGAUUGUAUUUAUUAUUCUUUUUCCUA